CUCCUGUGGCGUAGAGCGAAAGCGAAAGCCGGGUGUGGCCCCGCCCCGCUCGCUGCGGCUGGAGGGAGCAGCGGCGGAAGCUCGUCAGGCUGCGGGUUGGGCGGCUCCAGUUCCCCGCUCCGGCUCCUCGGCCCCCACCCCGCCGUCCUUCGGUGUCCGAGGCUCAGCGCUGCGGAGAGCGGCUCCCCACCCCCCAGCUUGGACAUGUGGGUGCUCAGAGUCUGGUGGGUGCUGCUGGGCACCUUGGGCGCAGGUUCUGCUCAGCUGCUGUUUGAAAACAUCACAAGUGUUCUAAUCAACAAAUGUAAUUCAAGUGUCAUCAUACCUUGCUUAGUAACUAACCUGCAAAAAAAUGACACUAGACGAAUGUUUAUAAAGUGGAAACUAGGAGGAAGUGGUUUUUUUGUUUUUGAGGGACAUGCACGACCCAUGAAAACUCACAAAAACAGCACUUUUCAGUCUGCCGAAUUGGAAUGUCUGCCAAAGCUGUCCUCUGGCAUCGCUUCACUCCGUCUAUCAAGGGAAGAGGCAAUUCCAGGAAACUAUACUUGUGAAGUAGCUGAAUCAAACCGAGAAGGAGUAAUUACAGUUGAACUUAAGAAAACAGUAGAAUCCUGGUUUGAACCAGUGGAGAAUGUUCUCAUAAUUAUCACCAUGGUAUUGGCCACUAUUUUUUAUUGGACCCAAUUAGGCGUUGUUGCAACAAAAUAUGACAUCUCAUUACUAAAGAAGAUCAGCUUAAUUAUUGCAGGACUAAUAGUCACAGUUGCUGCUGUGAUUGGCUGUAUUCUUUUAGUCCCAGAUGGAUUUGCAACAUCAAAUCAAAUUGGACUUGGCUUAAUUGUACUCCCUGCUAUCAUUUUAGUACCCCUUCUCUACAUUCUCUUAGACUCAGUUUUUGAGAAACCUCCAUGCUUUGCAGUUACGUUGCUGCUUUUGAAAGCACUUGGAUAUGUAAUUGCUGUGACUGGAUUUGCUAUGUCUGUAUCAGCAUGCCCCCCACUACAGGCUCCUGUCAUGGUUGCAGGCUUAGCAAUUAUUGAUCUUGUAGCAGUAAUUGCCUUAGUUUAUGUGAUUAUUAUUGGUUCCAACUUUAAAGAUCGUCAACCUCCAAGGAAAGCUGUAGAAGAACCACUAAAUGAUGCAAAAGGAGUGAUGUUAGAAUGAUGCACGUGAUGUGAGUUAAUUGAAUCUGAUAUGGACAUGGAAAGAAGUGGAGAGAGACUUUUGUUCAUACACCGUGGCCUUGAUGAUGCACUACUCAAAGAAAAAAAGAAAUCAGGAAAUUAGUUGUUUUGCAUGUGUGGAAAAGUGCUGUAAUGAUUUACAUGAUGUAAUUUUAUAGUCACAGCAGCUGUAGUAGAGUUCAAAAGAGAAGUGAGUGUUGUAUGCACGUGAGCCGUUUUCCUUUGGGGGGGUGGACAAGGGCAAGAAUACAAAAGACUCUUUUAAUCCACUGUAAUAGUGCUGCACUUCUCAGAAUGGUGUUGACUGCCACUUUGCAUAAAGACCAAAACUUCUUCAUAGAGGAUCACUUUCAGAUAUCACAGUGUUGCGAGUUUGCUGCCUUCUGCUCUGGACCAAUUUUUGUGCUGCUGUACAACAGCUGUUCCUUUUACAGCAUGGCACUUCCAGCCUCAAAUUGCAGUAAAAGUUGCAUAGCAGCAAUGCCAGAGUAAUGGGGAGGGAUUUCUUAGGAACUAUUCACUCUGUUUUUUCCCAAAAAUACCUAUCCAGGGCCAGCUUAUUUUCCGCUCCACUUAUAAUGCCUAACUAAUGUUUUCAGGUACUCUGAAAAUUGGCCAGCAUCAGCCUUAUGCUUAGCAAAGGUCAAGCUAAGUUAGUAUUGGUAUUUCUGAAAGAACCUUAAUCUCAUGGGCCAGACUUCUAUGGGACCAUUUAUGUAAAUCUUUGUACUGCAUGAUAAAUGAAUUGCUAGUGUUA